ACGCACACCCCCACAAGCACUUAGAUCUGUUACUGGACUUUUCUGCCAGGCCAUCCAUUCAUCGCAUUUUCGGAGGGAACCACCUAAUCUAACACCAGCCUCAAGAGGGCAUCACUCGAGAAAGCCAGCAACUUUCCUUGAGUGAUCAGAGGUGUGUGGACAACCAUGAAAAACGCACGUACAACUUCUUGUUGCACAAACGGGACACACGAACACACAAGAACAUCACAUUAUAUCACUAUGAGCAUCAUCAACAAUGGUCGUAUAAAAUGUGUGUUUCGGGUGAGAAGUUGUCAACCUUCUCUUCGUUUUGGGAGGAGAGGAGAAGGAAAGGUUGAAUACUCAUGUACACGACGACGACGACGACGACGACGAGUACUAACCACUUGUGAGGGUAUAUAUCAUAUAGGUUCGAAUCAGUUUUGUACUUGCAUGUUUUUUUUUUUGUAUUUUCCUGCCUCCUCGUGUUGGGGCUUUUUCCUGCCUCCUCGUGCUGGGGCUUUUUCUUGCCUCCUCGUGUUGGGGCUCUGCAUGGAUAUGGAAUCGGAUUUGCAUCUUCGGUUUGGGAAUGGGGGUGGUAUACUUGGAACAGCAUUUUGGGACAGAGUUGCAUUUUUGAUUGCGGGUUGGCAUAAACGGACAUCAGCGUUUUGGGGGACUAGUUGUUAUCAGUCUUCUGCUUUUUGCAUUUGCAUUUGCUAUGGUUGUUGGCUUGAUACUGUGGUUCCGAGCAAAAGAAAAACCCCCCUGUCAGGUACCUGGCACGGACUACUACAGCCAAAAUUUCGGGGUUGUUAAGUUCGGUACUUACCCCGCCUAUUAAACUUACCCAUAACACCAAGUAGAAUGAUGGUCCUGGGUCGGAGAGCCCAUGUAUUAUCUCGAGGAAAACAGAACUCGAAGCGGAUCAUUACAUCUCAGUAUUCCCGGGUAACAAGCAAUACAACAACGAAAGCUUCGGCUUAAACACACCUUUAGC